UGCUGAAAUUUAUUAAAAUAAUAGUUUAAAAUGGAUGAUAUAUUCUUUCCCACACAAAAAUCUGCAAACUUAAACGAUUCCGAUGAAGUGGACAUGAAAUUUUUCGAUUCGCAUCUUGAUCGCAGUAAAACAACCAGCGAAAGUAGUCAAAAUUCCGAUUCAGACACUAAAACUGAUGAUAAUAAGGAUUCCGACUCCAAAACAGAUGAAUGUAGAGUGGUGAAGCGGGAAAGUAGUGAUAAUAGAGAUGAUUACGAUGAUCAACAGGCAUUAAGCCGCAAACAAAAGUCCAAAAAGGAAUUGGAGGAAGAAGAAAGAGAAAAAAUGCAAGUUUUGGUAUCCAAUUUCACCGAAGAACAAUUAGAUCGCUAUGAAAUGUACCGCAGAUCCGCCUUUCCCAAAGCCGCGGUUAAAAGAUUAAUGCAAACCAUUACUGGAUGCUCGGUGUCGCAAAAUGUAGUGAUAGCCAUGUCUGGCAUAGCCAAAGUGUUUGUGGGCGAAAUUGUGGAAGAAGCCUUGGAUGUCAUGGAAGAAAUGGGUGAUACCGGAGCCUUACAACCCAAAUAUUUGCGUGAGGCUGUGCGCCGCUUAAGACAACGCAAUCGUAUGCCUAUAGGCAAAUUUCAAAAGCCUUAUUUUAGAUUGAAUUGAUGUCAUUAUCAUAGUAUUUUUUUUAAUUUUGUAGUUUUUAUUUUCUAAAGAUUAAAUUAAACUGCCAGGUUUUAAGUUAAAUUUAAUAAAAAAAAAGAAUAAAUAUAUAUUUUUUCAGUGAAAUUAUUUUGUCUUUUAAAAAUAACUACCACGUUUUUUAUUAUUAUUAAUUAUACCUCAGGAAUAUAAUGCAGUAUAGUGAAUUUAUUAAGGUCUCUCACAUAAAAUCAAACAUCCUUCUAUAUUUUGAUUGAUUUUCAUGUGGAAAUAAUUAAAUCCCAUGCAUAUGCCUAAUUUCAAAAGCCUUAUUUUAUAUAUAAUUUAUGUCAACUAUUAGUUUUUUAAUUUUGUAGUUUUUAUUUAAGUUAAAUUUAAUACAAAAAAAAUAUAUUUUAUGUCUUAAAAAUAAUAA